UCAGCUCCUUUCCCUCAGAGCUGCUUUGUCUUUUGGGUUUGUUGUGCUUAUUCCAAACGAGCUCUGGUGGCUGAGCCCCUUGUAGUUUCUUUUUGAAUGUUUGCCUGCCUUUGCACUGCAUCAUGCGGAAACCAGAGAGGAUUUGGCUCUGGAGCUUAAUGGCUGCAGUCUUUGCCUUGGGUCAAGCAUGGCCAAAUGCAAUGCUGGGUUCUCAGCCAAGCAGUGGUUUAAAGACAGACUGUGUUGCUAAUGUGAUGAGGCUGACCCUGGAUGAGGCUCUGGCAGUGGGGAACCAGCUUGAAGUAGAAGCAAUCAAUGGCACCCAGUACAUCUUGCUGACACCCAGUCUAGCUGCUCAGUGUGGCUACAGCAUGGAGUCAGACCCCUGGGGUAACACUAGGAUCUACACCUCUCUACUUGGUUGCUUUGUAAACAAUAAGGAUGACAUGAUGUUCAGUGUUGGUCUGAAACUCAAAAUCUACCGCCAUAAUCCUUCUGAUGUGGUUAGCCAUGAUGUGGCACAGGCCUGCAGCUACACUCGCUGGGCACCCCGAGAGAUCCUCUGCGACAGGAACUACAUGGAAGUAUCAAUGUACAUGGCUCCCCAAGCUGAAACAAAGGGUCAAAAGGAAGAGGAUUCCCAAGGCAACGCAAUCACUGACGCCUUUGAGGUGGUGAAUGGCAUCUGGAAGAUUACCUUUUUCACUCCUGAACCCAUGUCAAUGGUCUUGAAAGAAGCCCAACAAGCUGGUUACAGUGCCAUGACCACAUCUACCCGUCUGGUUAUGCGAAGUCCUUACAACACAGCUGAGACUUAUUCAGAGGAUGUUGCUGGAGUCCCCAUGGAAGUAUUGAGGGUGAGCAUUCACAACAAGGCUCAAGAUGGACUGAAGGUCUUCAACUUGGCAACUGCUUGUCCCACAGGUGGUGUCCUGUUCACUGGGGACCUAAUCUCUUGGCACGUACCUCGCCGUGUGACUCCUCUGUUGGAUGGCAGCAUUAGACUUGUGGAAACGAUCAUGGGAAUCAAUGGACAGAGGCUGGAUAAAGCUCAGAUGGCUGCAAGGGGGUACUCUCUGUCUACUACAGACUUCCACAUUGUUGUGGAGAUCCCAAUUGGCUCACCUGAUGGUUACUACAAGAGCCACGCUCCAGAUUACCAGUACCAUAUCACCUACACUGUUGAGCCAAUGCUUGAAGUUCUCUGGAGGGCAGAUCAAAAUAAAGAUGACACAAGAUACAAAAUCUUGUUCCCUAUUACAACCCCACCCAUGAGUCGCCCUACCCACACUGAAGAUCGUACCACUCCAGAAGCGAGGGAAUUCAGCCUUUAUGUUGGCUCAUUUCUCUAUGAUGUGGAGCUGAGGAACAUCACAUUUGCCACUGGAGUCCUUACUGUAGAGGAGAGCAAUGCCAGAGGUUUCACUGUUCAACAACAUCUCCUUGCCAAUGGAACACUUGUGUUUUCGCUCAAAGUUCCCUUUGAUACUGAUGUCGUCGCUAAACAUAACCCAGAGGUCCUGGUAACAACCUACAGCCUCAAUGUUGUCUUUGGAUUUGUCAUUCUGCCUGAGGAAACUCCCUUUUCCCACCCAGUGGCAUUGCAGGCAUCUCUCCAGGAUGUUGUGCUGCCUGAACUCUCUGGCACUUGUGAUCAAGACUACUUCUACAUCACUGUGAAAUAUGGCAGCCAGGGGCACAAUGCAAAUACCAUGGUUGGUGGCCUGGACUUGACACCAGAGCUGGCAGAAGACUACAAGUUCAAGAACAACGCCACCCACUUCAGCAUUGAUGUGCCAUAUGCAGCUACAGGCUCUGCUUUUGAGCUGAUUACUACAAAUUCAGUUAGAGCCAGGCUGGAUGUGCUGGUGUGGGAUCCAGUCACCAAUUGGAUUCUUUCUGACCUGUUCCUGGCUUGCUACUUCCCCUUGCUGACAACUCGGUGCUACCCCAAUGGAACAAUCACUGCUCUUGCUGUGAAAGUGGAAUCUGUGCCUAACCUUGACCCAAGCUGGCUGACCCUGAAGGACCAGUCCUGCAGACCAGUUUUUAGUAACGAUCAUUUUGCUCAGUUUAUCUUCAGUGCUGACUCCUGUGGAACAACUAGAUCAUUCUUUGAUCACUACAUGCUGUAUGAAAACGAGAUUGGACUGCACUAUGGUGAGAAGGGCAUUUCCCACAAAUCUCCUGACCCUGAAUACAAGCAAACCAUCUCCUGCUACUAUGUGGUCAAUGACACACAAACUAUCUCCUUCCACACAAAGUCAAGACUCUAUGAGCCAAAGGCAGAGAUCGGAUCUGGCCAAAUGAUCACCCAAAUGAGGCUAGCAACAGACUCUUCGUAUGAGCACUUUUACGAUGCUGAAGACUAUCCAGUGGAGAAAUAUCUGAGGGAGCCUCUUCACUUUGAAGUGGAGUUGGUGCAGUCUAAUGAUCCCCACUUGGAGCUGAUCUUGGAUAACUGCUGGGCUACUCUCCAGGAAGACAGGACCUCUCUCCCCAGCUGGGCCAUCAUUGUGGAUGGUUGCGCAUACCUUGGUGACAGCUACGCUACUGUCUUCCAUCCUGUGUCAGUGGACACCAGAGUUUCUGUCCCAUCCCACUACAAGCGUUUCUCAAUGAAGAUGUUCGCCUUCAUUCAGGAGGAGCAGGUUUUGAAGCAUGAGGUCUAUGUCCACUGUGACUUGGUGAUCUGUGACAAAACCAGCCCUGCAGAAGGCAUCUGCCAAGGCCAAUGUGCUAAUCAAGCAUUGAGGGGUACAUCAAGAAAAAUGAAAAGGGGACAAAGAAGCACAACUCCAUCCCAUGAAGAGCACAUUUCCUCUGGACCAAUUGUACUGAACAAUUUUCAAUAAAGAUUUCUAAAAUAUU